AUGGUUCCUACCAGUUUACCUUUCCAGAGGUGGAUACUGGAGGAAUACGUGCCGACGAUCAAAAUUCCGGCACACAUCACUUACGAUGGUACUUCGGAUCCGAAGGGUCACAUAGCCUCUUACGAGGGGCAUAUGUACCUUAACCCCAGGUCUGAAGCUACCUGGUGCAAAUACUUCCCCACAACCCUUAAAGAUGUUGCCCAGUCAUGGAUCACCAAAGGGUUGAAGGAAGGUUCUAUAACGGGUUGGAAUGAUCUCUCCAACAAGUUUAAGAGCAAGUUUUCUACAGCUAACCGCCGAGAGAAAAUUACUGGCCUGCAGCAGACGGAAGACGAAAGUCUCCGAGAUUACUUGACUCGCUUUAGCAACGAGUCGCCUGGAAUCACAAGUCUGGACCAAAGUCUAGCCGUAUUCGCACUACGGAAUGGUUUGCAAGCUGGAAAGUUUCUGGAUUUCAUGGUCAUGCAUCCACCGCAGACCUUGGAAGAGGCCCUCGACGCUUCGGAUAAAUUCAUCCGAGCCGAGGAAUGGAACAAGGCGAAGUCGCAGUCUCAAUCAGGGGAUGUGAAGCCAAAAGGCCAACCAGAUGAAGUUCCGGGGUCGAGGAAAGGGAAGGCGAAAGCCUCAGAACCUCACUCGAUCACCGAGCCGAAGAAGGAUAAGGCCCCCUACACAGGGAAGUUCGAAUCCUACACCCCUCUCACCUUACCACGUACUAAGAUCUUUAGUGCGACGAGGGAGGAGGGAAGAUUCAAAAAACCAAAGCCGCCUCCUUCUUGGCCCUAG